GAAAAAACGCCGUCUUCAUAUAAAUACGAAGCGUUUCUUUAGACAUCCGCUUGAUCCCUUCAUCGUUGAGUCGUCGUUCCCUUUUUUUCAUUUUCUUCGUCCAUUUCCUCACGUGAAUAUCCCUGAUAUCAAAUCAUCGGCAUGGAUGAGAAAACUCAAGACAGGGACAAGAUCCAGUUUGCCGAAGUCAUCAAGCCGGAACGGACCAAGACGGUGAUCUCUACGGCGGGUCACUCUUCGCGACGACCCUCGGUGAGCGCGCCAAGACGGUUCGAAAAGAAGAAGAGGGAGGAAAAAAACGUUGACAUUACAGAGCAUCUGUUAACCCCUGAGGCUUGUGCCGAAAUGUAUCAUACUGAUAUUGACCUCAAAAAACCAGCCAACUCUUCUGGAUUGACGGCCGAACAAGCGCACCACAUCUUGCAACAAACGGGUCGCAAUGUACUUUCGCCAACGAAAAAACACCAUCCGUUUCUCAAGUACCUAGAAUGCGUGGUCAAGCUAUUCAAUCUGUUGCUCAUCCUGGCCGGCAUUCUCGACUAUAUCCUGCUGGCGAUUGAUUUCAAGGCCAAUUUUCAGAAUACGUAUCUGGGGGCCAUUCUUAUCGGAGUCGCGCUGCUCAAUGCGUUCAUCGAGUUUUACCAGGAGCAGAAAGCGCAAGCCAUGUUGGAUUCGUUUCUCAGCAUGAUUCCUGCAAAAUGCAUGGUUAUUCGCGAUGGUAAACUCCAGCAAAUCGAUGCCGCCACAUUGGUGAUUGGGGAUGUUGCGUUUGUGCGCAUGGGGGACAAAGUGCCGGCCGAUCUCUUUCUGUUUGCUGCUUCGGAACUCAAAGUGGACAAUUCCUCGUUGACCGGUGAAUCGGAUCCUCAAGAACGGCAUCCCAACAAUUCGCAGCGAAAUCCGUUUGAAGCCGAAAAUAUUGUUUUCAACGGCACUUUGGCUGUCUCAGGCGAAGGCUAUGGUAUUGUUAUUCGUACAGGUGACCGGACCGUGCUGGGCCAAAUUGCCGGACUCACGGCCGGUGAGAAUAAAAUGGUGUCUCCUUUAUCCAUCGAGAUUGAUCAGUUUGUCAAGAUUAUUGCGACAAUUGCUUUUGUUACCGCGGUGAUCUUUUUCGGCAUUGGGUUCCCUGUGAAUCACAACAACAUUUCGCUGACACUGAAUUUUGCCAUUUCGGUGUUUGUGGCCUGGGUGCCUGAAGGGUUGCCUGCGACGGUGACCAUUCUGUUAACCAUUGCUGCCAAACGGAUGGUGCAUCGCAACGUGCUUGUGAAGGAACUUCAAGGUGUGGAGACCCUGGGAGCUAUCACCUUGCUUGCGACGGAUAAAACAGGGACCCUGACCCGUAACCAAAUGACUGUCACUUACAUUUGGUCCUCCCUAAACCUGUACAACACGCUCGAGAAACAUACUUUACCGGCUCCUGUCAAAGACCUACCUGGUGCUAUGGAGAUCAUGCAUAUCGCUGCAUUAAACUCCCGAGCCAAGUUUGACCGCACCGAUGUCCCUGUGAAGCAACGUCAAGUGUUGGGCGAUGCCACUGAAACCGGUCUUGUUCGUUUUGUGGCUGAGCAUCUCGGUGGAGCGUUUGAUCAAUUGCCGGAACAAUAUCCCAAGGUUUUCGAGAUUCCUUUCAAUUCCGAUAACAAGUGGGCCAUGACCAUCCAUCAGAAACCACAUGCCAAUGGACCCUUGACGUUGUACGUCAAAGGGGCGCCUGAACGGGUUCUGGAGCUUUGCAGUACCAUCAUGAUCCGAGGAGAUGGCGCCGUGGAACCGGUGAACGAAUCGUAUCGUGCCGCUUUCCAGGAAACGUAUUCGCAUAUGGCCAGUCAGGGUCACCGGGUGUUGGCCUUCGCCAGGUGUUUCCUGGACGGUGUGAAGUAUCCUGCCGACUUUGUCUUUGACAAGGCCAAGAAGAACUAUCCUGCGGGUGAAUUCACAUUUGUCGGUCUUGUCUCACUCGAAGAUCCUCCCAAGCAUGGUGUGCGUGAAGCCAUUGGCCAAUGUCGCAAUGCCGGUAUCAAGGUCAUGAUGGUCACUGGGGAUCAUCCACUGACGGCGGAAGCGAUCGGACGGAAAAUCAAUCUCAUGCUGGGCGAAACCCGUGAUACAGUGGCGAAACAAUUGGGAUGUGACGUGGAACAAGUGGAGGAUCAUCAGUAUUCGGCCGUGGUCGUGCACGGUGAUUGCAUCGAUAAAUUGACCGACGAUGAGUGGGACGCUAUCUUUGCCAAGGACGAAAUUAUAUUUGCGCGAACCUCGCCCAAGCAUAAACUGGAAAUUGUCAAACGGGCGCAAUCGAUGGGUCACAUUGUUGGAGUGACAGGGGAUGGCGUCAAUGACGCUCCAGCGUUGAAGAAGGCCGAUCUCGGAAUUGCCAUGAACCUGUCUGGGUCCGAUGUGAGCAAAGAAGCGGCGGCCAUGAUUCUUUUGGAUGACAACUUUGCCUCGAUCGUUCACGGUAUUGAAGAAGAACGCUUGAUCUUUAUCAAUUUGAAAAAGUCCAUCAUGUACACCAUCACUCACUCCAUGCCCGAAGUCAUUCCGAAUCUACUGUAUAUCAUUGUGCCACUUCCAUUGCCUUUGUCUGCUAUUCUUAUUCUUGUGAUCGAUUUGGGCUUUGAACUGUUUGCUGCAUUGUCGUUUGCUUGGGAUAAACCUGAAUCCCCCGACGGUCUGAUGAAGGUGCAACCUCGCAAGCCGGUGAAUCCGAGUUCCAUCGAUCGCUACCGUCGACUCGUUUUUCGGAAGCAAGGGUACAUACAAUUUGACCUGAAUGGAGACCCAAUUCGACCUUCCUGGUUCCGUCGUAUCCGAAAUCGUGUGCAUGAGCUGACGACGCGUGAAUUUUGGGCGGAGAAAUUUGAAAAGACGGAAGAUGAGUUGCUGGUCGAUCGACCUCUGUUGUCUUGGGCCUACUUGGAAAUUGGCAUUCUUGAAGCGAUCGGCGCCAUGACCACCUAUUUUGUUGUGUUAUGGUACAACGGAAUCACUCCUUACGAUGCGGUGGCUCUUCAGCGAGGUUCUUCCAGUCCCACUUACUACUUUUCCAACGGUCCCAUCUACGCUCAACCUUACACAACGGUGAACAACAAGGUGCUGGAUGCGGCGGCUCAGCAUCGCGGUUUGGCGCAAGCUCAAUCCAUGGUUUAUUGGAGUAUUAUGAUGAUGCAGAUGUUCAAUAUGUUCGCAUGCAAGACACAAUUGACGAUGCCGCUGGGACGAUACAUGUUCAGCAACAAAAUGACGUUUGCCGGGAUUUUCGGCGGCGCCGGUUUGGCCGCAUUGAUUGUCUACUGUCCACCUUUCAAUAUUCCCUUUGGUACCGAAUAUCAUACGUUGCCUUUGUGGUGGUUGUUGCCGUUGGGAUUUGGGUUCGUGAUUAUUGCCUAUGCUUGCAUCCGUGUGAAAAUCAUCCGUCGUUGGAAACCGAUGGCGUGGAACCCAAUGAUUCCCGGUCUCAAAAUGUAUCCUACCAUGCGUACCAUGGCAACCGUCUCUCACCAGACAAACAAUACAGUCUGAACGAUCCUAUUUGAAGCUUAUUCAUUACCUAGUUUUUUUAUCUUAUGUAAAUUACUUGUGCAUUUAUAUCGGGAUUUCGUAUAGUAUGAACUUGAUCGUUCGUUCCAUUCGUAAACAGAUUUUUUUUCCAAAUAUUUUUUGAUCUCUCAUGUGUAACCGUCGCCUUGGCAUUUAAAAUUAUCUCCUUUUUUUCCAUGACAGCACCGUUGUGUUUUCAUCCCCCUUUCUUUUUUCUU